UCUUCCGCCAUCUUGGACGGGUGGAAGAUAACUGUAAGUCGAAGGAAGAUGGAGUGCUAAGUGCCAAAUAACCAAAAUAGAUAAAAUCGCCAUGGCUGAUCUCGUGUCUUUAAUGGAAAACGAAAUUCCGGAAGGUCUUCAGAGUUUGCAAGACAGUCAUACAAAUUUAGAAAAAGUAGCAGAAUAUUGUGAAGCUAAUUAUUAUCAGGCCGACAAUAAAAGAGCCGCUCUCGAAGAAACCAAGAAUUAUACCACACAGUCUCUGGCGAGUGUCGCUUAUCAAAUAAAUACAUUGGCAUACAAUGUUCUACACAUGUUGGAUUUGCAAACAACACAAUUGGCAGAAAUGGAAUCACAGAUCAAUCAUAUUGGCCAGACUGUAAUGAUUCAUAAAGAAAAAGUUGCUCGACGUGAAAUAGGUAUUCUCACUACAAAUAAAAAUACCUCUCGUCAGCAUAAAAUUCUCGCUCCUGCCAAUCCCGAACGUCCGAUCAAAUAUAUACGAAAGCCGAUUGACUACACCGUUCUCGACGACAUUGGUCACGGAGUAAAAAUGAUAAGCAACACUCCCCGUUCAAAGCGUACGCUCGGACCCGGAUCUCAGAGUCACAUAAACGGAGGCAGUGCCGGACCGGCACCGACGACCAAGCCGCCCACUCCUCCCCAACCAGUUCGUGCGGGUGGAAGUCUGUCGAGAGGAUCGAAAGAGUACCGUACGCCGGCUCCUCCCAUCGCUCCUCCUCAGGUACCUAGUAAUUAUGCUCCUAACUAUCCGAUCGGUCAUCCCCGAUCUCAAGAAUCCAGGCGAGGGAGUGGUUAUUCGACUCUUCCCAUCGUCGCUUCACAUUCUCAGAAUAUUCAACAGUCUCAACCACAGAUAGGAAUGGUGCAUCCCAUAACCCACCACCAACAGCACACAAUGACCAUCAAUCCUCCUUCGCCGAUUCCACCUCCACCACCACCAGAGAUGUCAUCCGUAAAUUUAACCGACAGUCUGCCCGAACCUCCUAUACAUUUGUCGGGAAAUGAUUUUGAGCACAGUGGAAACGUAUCUCCUCCUUUACCUCCUCCUCCACCCGAAGACGAAGGGAUGUACAAUUAUAAUCCUCUCUCCUCUCCGAAUUUUCUACGAAAUCGAAGCGAAGAAGAUCCCAGUUGGGUUCCCAAAAACUAUCUUGACAAAGUUGUUGCGAUUUAUGAUUAUGCCGCCGAUAAGGAAGACGAACUUUCGUUCUCAGAAAAUUCAGUGAUUUACGUAAUCAAGAAAAACGAUGAUGGAUGGUACGAAGGAGUGAUGGAUGGAGUUACCGGUCUGUUUCCUGGUAACUAUGUAGAACCUUGUUUGUGAUCAAUACGAACAUUUUGAGGUCAAAAAGUUGUUUUGUGGGUCUUCGUUACGAAGUGGAUUGUGUGUAAUGCUCCUCUGCGUGUAUGAAAUGUGACUGCUAAGUCAAGUCAUAGUAUUAAAAUUAUUUACUUGUUUUAAUGAUCAGAAAAUAUGUACACAAUAUUUAUUAUAAUUUGUUACAUUUUAAUAGCAUUUUUUUUCUAAAUGACUCAAACAAAUUGUAGAAAAUUGCAAUCAUAACAUUUUAUUUGAACACAUGGACAUAUAAAUUGAUGAUUACUUUGAUAUUGUAAAUAUCAAAAUGAUUUAUUUUUCUCUUCUAACAUCAUUUAUUCUUUUUCUUUCAUAUUAAUACCUUUAAUUUAUUACUUAAUAUGACAAGCAUUAUACCAGAGAUUUGAUCAACUAGUAAAGUAUGAUCAUUUUGGUUUAUGAUUAUGUAUAGCAUUCAUACUUUGCAGUGUGUUCUUCCAAUUUUUCUCUCUGAUGGAAUGAUCUAGCCAAAGUAUGCGCUGGACUUUCGAUCUGUAGCAUAGUUUUCUGGCUUUUCCUGACAAAUACUUUGGCAUUUCGAUGCAUAUGUGGUAUGGACUCGCAUGCCUCGUAAGUCUUGUCAUUCACUAACUUUCCUAGUCUUGUGAAAGGUUAGUAUUUGUACUGUUUGUCAAAAAUGUAAUUGACGGAGGUUUUUCAAACAAUUUUAUAAAAUGAACAUUUUUCUUUUCAAGAAAACGGACCAAAUUUCUUUUUCUUAAUUUCAGUUUGUAAGGACCUUUUUCAAUAGAUCUUUCAAGUAUCUUUCCAUUCAAUGCUGAUGUUUAAACUUCUUGAUCCUAUUCUGAUUAUGUGUUCUAUAAAAGUGUAUAUUUAUGUAAAAUAUUUAUUUGAUUGUUUAAUUUUUCUUUACAUAUUGUAUGAAUCAUUUAAAAGCUUUGCUAAUCAAUCAAGCAUCACAAUCAUUGUUUUUUUCAGUAAGUGUUUUUUCUUAAUUCUUAUUUGAGAAAUUCCAAUAUUUUAAAUUGUGCUUUAACAACUUGUGCAAGUUUUUUUAGUUUUAAAUCUCUCUCAUUUUUACUCUGUUAAAUGUGUGAUACAGAGUUAAGAUUUUCAAGUAUCCUUUAGAGAAAUUUUCAUAGAAAAUAAAGGACAGUGUGUUUUAUUUUCUGAAGCUAUUUUAGUUUAUAGUAUUGUAACCUUUUUGAUUACUUUUUAUAAACCAAAGGAUAAAUAUUUGUAAAAAUUAUGAAUACUAUAUUAGAUUUAUGAUAAAUUCAUGUAUUAAAUAUUAUGUAUAUUACAAUAUAUAAAUUAUAUGAUUAUUUAAUCGUUUUAGGUGUAUUAUUUUGUAUUUUUUGUUUAGCGCAUAAGCCCAAGUUUAAAUGUGUCUAGAAGGGAAUAAUCGGUCGGAUGUCCCUGAAAUGUAACUGGUCAGUGCACCACACAAUAAGCGGAGAUACAGGUUUGAAUCCUGCUCUUGGCCAAUUUUCUUCCAGUCUAUUCUAAAAUGAAAUCAAAUUUUAGUUAUUACUUUUGUUAAGGGAUGGCAUGUAACAUUUACCUCUAAUUUGUUAUCAAAUAAUUUCUAAGUAUUAUUUGUAGCAUGAUAUUGCCCGAUUAAUUUGGCUGAAGUUCAGUUGAUUAGCCCAUAAAUUUAAUGGGGGGAAUAUCACUUAAUUUUACUUUCUAUUCAGUAACUGACUACUGACUGUUUUUUGUAUACAGGGUUAAAUUACAUAUUAUAUAACUUUAUUAAAAUAGGGAAAAUAAUAUUUUUCUUAUUGUAAUUAAACACUUCUUUAUCAUUUUAAAGUCAUGAUGUUUCACUAUUCAUUGUUUGACAGUUGUCACUUGCUCAAGGUCAUUCCAGUUAUAUUAUUUAAAACUUUGCGAAAAAUCCAAGUAUUAUCAUACACAUACGAAAAAAUUCACAGAUAUACAUUACUUUGUUUGUAGUGAAGUUUCUUUUUCUAGUGUAAAAAAUUUCCCCAAAA